ACAUUUUACCAUAUGAAGGUAUUCUUAACUCAUCAACAUUAUAUAAUGAAUGUAGGGUGGUUGUCGGAGGGAUUUAGGAUAAAGGUAGGAGAGGGGAAAAGGGUGAGUUUCUGGUGGGAUGAGUGGUGUGGGGAGGGUUUCCUUGGUAAUAAGUUCCCUAGAUUGUAUUUAUUGUCAACAAGUAAAAAGAAGGAAUGCUAUCAAAUGGGUAACACUCAAAGUGGCACAUGGAAAUGGAACCUAUCAUGGAGAAGAAUCCUAUUUCAAUGGGAAGAAGAGGAUGCAAAAGAACUCUGCAAGAUGAUAGAGGAGGUGAAGAUCUACCCAAGAUGUCCAGAUGAAUGGGAAUGGAGGCAUAGUAAGGAUGGCCUAUACUCAACCUCAAUUGCGUACACGAUAUUAACAAAAGAUGAAAGGGGACCGGUUGAAACAAAAUUCUUCAAGAGGGUAUGGAAUCCUGUUCUCCCAAGUAAAAUUGCUGCGUUUAACUGGAAAGUAAUGAUGGAUAGAAUUCCAACCAAGCUGAAUUUGUUCAAGAGAUGAGUCAUUAAGGACAUGGGAGAUGGGAAAUGUACAUUGUGUGAGGUUGAGGACGAGGACAUUAAUCACUUGUUUUUGAAUUGCAAUGUAGCUAGGCGGUUAUGGAUGGCUUGUGCUAAUCGGUGGGGGAUUACCAUCAAGUUAGACAAGAACUGUAGGAAAACCUUUGAAAAUUUCGAGACAUGGACUAAACAUCUAAGCAUCAGAGAAGGAUGGAACUGCAUCUGGAACACAAUGGUUUGGUCUGUGUGGCUUGCACGAAAUCAAAAGAUUUUCCAAGA